AUGGCGGAUGGUUGCUUUGAUUUACCCGUAGAGGACGAUUUCUUCCUUGAUCUCGAUCUUUCAGUUUUCACUGACGACUCUGCAAGUCCGUUUAUCGGAGAGAUCGAGAGCCUUUUGAUGAACGAUGAGAAUCACGACCAGCAGAAUUUUCCGGAUUUGGAUCACCAAUCGGUUUCAGACUUCCUUGAGGAUUUACUCGUCGAUUAUACCUCAAGCGAUCCGCCGACCGAUAAAGUUUCAGAUCUAACAGUCGUCGAUUCUCCCACCGUUGGUUCUGAUUCCGACGGAAUUGUCACCGGAAAGGAAGCUCAGGGAUCCAAUGAUUACGGGAAGGAAGCUGCGGAAUUAUUGGUUGAGAAGAAGUCGGAGUCGCCGAAUGAUUCCGGAAGUGAGAGUCAGGAUGGUGGUGAGAUUGAAGGGAACGAUGAUGCUGUAGCCAAGAAAAGAAGAAGGCGACUUAGAAAUAGAGAUGCUGCGGUUAGAUCGAGAGAGAGGAAGAAGGAGUAUGUGAAGGAUCUAGAGACGAAGAGUAAGUAUCUCGAAAGAGAAUGCAUGAGGCUCGGGCGGAUACUCGAUUGUUUCGCCGCAGAAAACCAGUCUCUUCGUCUCUGUUUACAAAAGGGUGGCAAUAACAAUGCUCCCAUGACCAUGCAGGAGUCUGCUGUGCUCUUGUUGGAAUCCCUGCUGUUGGGUUCCCUGCUAUGGUACCUGGGAGACAUCAUUUGCCAAUUCCCUCAGCCCCACACAAAGAGUUGGUUCGUCCAGUCUGUGGAAACCGACGAACCAGAAAGGUUGGUUCAAAGCGGGCAAGGGAGUAGCAUACCAUUAAAAUCUAAAAAUUGGAAGAGUCGGAGGUGCAAGGGUUCAAGGCCGAGGAUGAAACAACAAGUCUUGACACUUGUGGCGUGA